AUGGCAUGCAACAAUCGCUCCAACAGCAACCCCUCCGUUUUCAUCCUAGUGGGCAUUCCUGGCCUGGAAGCUGCUUACUUUUGGAUGGCCUUCCCCUUCUGCUCCAUGUAUUUAGUAGCCUUGCUGGGCAACUUGACCAUCCUCUUUGUGGUCAAGAAGGAGCCCAGCCUCCACUUGCCUAUGUACUACUUCCUGUGCAUGUUGGCCGCCCUCGACUUGGUGCUGUGCUCUUCCACGGUGCCCAAGAUCCUUGCCAUCUUCUGGUUCCGAUCCCACUCCAUUGGUUUCAAGGCCUGUGUCAUCCAGAUGUUCUUCAUCCAUGGUUUCUCAGCUGUGGAGUCAGGGGUGCUGCUCGCGAUGGCCUUUGACCGCUACGUGGCCAUCUGCGCCCCUCUGCGCUACACCGCCAUCCUCACCAGCUCCGUCAUUGCCAAGAUUGGGUGUGCAGCCUUCGUGAGGGGCAUCGGCUUGAUGACCCCUUUGACUUGCAUGGUAAGCCAUCUACCAUAUUAUGGGCCCAACGUCAUCGCCCAUUCCUACUGCGAGCACAUGGCCGUGGUCAAGUUGGCCUGUGGAGAUACCACACCCAACCACAUCUAUGGGAUCACGGCAGCCACCUUCGUGGUGGGCUCAGACUCCAUCUUCAUUGCUGUCUCCUAUGUCCUCAUUCUCAGGGCAGUCAUGGGACUCUCCUCUAAGGGGGCCCGGCAGAAAUCCUUCGGCACUUGUGGCUCCCACAUCUGCGUCAUCCUGAUCUUCUACACUCCUGCCCUUUUCUCCUUCUACACGCAACGCUGGGGUCACCACAUCCCUGCCCACAUCCACAUCUUGUUGGCUGACCUCUAUGUCCUGGUGCCCCCCAUGCUCAACCCAAUCAUCUAUGGCAUGAAAACAAAGCAGAUUCGGGAGCAAUUGAUGAGGAAUAUGAAGACGAGCAGCAAAGUCAGUCCUCCGGGAAUAUGCAGGUAACCUUGGAAGGGACAGCACAUGGAAGAAUCCCAACCAAGCCUAUGAAGAGGCGUGUAGUGGUGAUAGGGGAUUCCCUACUGAGGGGUACAGAAGCAGUGAUCUGUGGGCCUGACAAGAUGUCUCGAGAGGUGUGCUGUCUACCUGGGGCCAAGAUCAAAGAUGUAACAGAACGGCUGCAAGGAAUCAUAAAACCCACCGACAAAUACCCCUUCCUUUUGGUGCAUGUGGGAACCAAUGACACUGCAAGCCAUAGCUUACAGAAGAUCAAAAAUGAUUAUGAGGCUCUGGGCAGGAAGUUGAAGCAAUUAGAUGCACAAAUUGUCAUCUCUUCUGUCCUCCCAGUUGAAUGACAUGGCCCAGGGAGAGAGGGAAAAAUAGGGGAAGUGAACAACUGGCUUCGCAAAUGGUGCAAACAGGAACGGUUUGGAUUCCUAGAUCACGGUCUGCAGUUUCUUGAAGAUGGACUUCUGGCAAGUGAUGGACUGCACCUCACAAAAGUUGGGAGGAAUGUUUUUGCCACAAAACUCAAAAACCUCAUCAGGAGGGCUUUAAACUGACUUAUGUGGGGGAGGGAGACAGUGGUCCUGAAGGUAGGAGUCUAUCAAAUGCUGAAGAUGAUCAUCCAAAUGUCAAGGACCAAAUGGAGCAAGCAGCAUGCAGACCUAGUGGUGGGACGAAAAUACCCUUAAAUAAGAGACAUGGGGGAAUGAUCAACGGUCUUCAAUGUCUGUAUACUAAUGCACAGAGCAUGGGAAAUAAACAAGAUGAACUUGAGCUCUUGGUACAGCAAACUAAAUAUGACAUAAUAGGCAUCACUGAAACCUGGUGGGAUGAGUCUCAUGACUGGAAUGUAGUAAUAGAGGGAUACAAUCUAUUUAAGAGAAAUAGACCAAACAGGAAAGGAGGAGGAGUAGCUUUAUAUGUUAGGGAUAUGUAUACCUGUGAAGAGAUCCAGGAUUUAAAACUUCAAAGCCAAAUUGAGAGUAUCUGGGUCAAAAUUAAGGGAGAGAAAAACAACAGUGAUCUCAUUGUGGGAGUUUACUAUAGAUCCCCAAGCCAAACUGAGGACACAGAUGAUGCCUUCCUGGAACAGAUGGCCAAGCAUUCCAAAGGAAGUGAGAUAGUAGUAAUGGGGGAUUUCAACUAUCCUGAUAUUUGUUGGAUGUCAAACUCAGCCAAGAGCAUAAGGUCGAACAGAUUCCUCACUGGCCUUGCAGACAACUUCAUUGUCCAGAAAGUGGGAGAAGCAACAAGAGGAACAGCCAUUUUAGAUCUGGUCCUAACCAAUAGUGAUGACUUGGUUAGUGGGGUAGAAGUGGCAGGAUCAUUAGGUGGGAGUGACCAUGCUCUUCUGGAGUUUAUUAUCCAGCGGAAAGGAGCAACCAAGCAUACUAAGGUCCAAAUUCUAGACUUUAAGAAAGCCAACUUCAGAAAACUUAGGGAAACGCUGGGUGAAAUCCCAUGGACAGUAAUACUAAAAGGGAAGGGAGUUCAUGAUGGUUGGGAGUUUGUUAAAAGGGAGAUAUUAAAAGCACAACUUCAGGCAAUACCAAUGAGACGGAAACAUGGAAGGUGCCUAAAGAAGCCAGGCUGGCUAUCUAAAGAACUUUUGACCGAGUUAAGAUUUAAAAGGGAUAUGUACAAAAAAUGGAAAAGGGGGGAAAUCUCCAGAGAGGAAUUCAAACAUAUAGCCAGCACGUGUAGAGACAAAGUCAGAAAAGCUAAAGCACAGAAUGAACUCAGGCUCGCUAGAGAGGUUAAAAGCAACAAAAAGGGCUUUUAUGGGUAUGUCCGUAGCAAAAGGAAAAACAAGGAAACAGUGGGGUCACUCAGAGGAGAAGAUGGUGAAAUGCAAACAGGGGACAGAGAAAGGGCAGAACUCCUCAAUGCCUUCUUUGCCUCAGUCUUCUCCAAGAAAGAAAACAACGCCCGACCUGAAGAAUAUGGAGCAGAUGAUUCAGCAGGGGAAACACAGCCCAGAAUAAGUAAGGAGGUAGUACAAGAAUACUUGGCUAGUUUAGAUGUAUUCAAGUCUCCAGGGCCAGAUGAACUACAUCCAAGAGUAUUAAAAGAACUGGCAGAGGUGAUUUCAGAACCACUGGCAAUAAUAUUUGAAAAUUCCUGGAGAACAGGCGAAGUUCCAGCAGACUGGAGGAGGGCAAAUGUUGUCCCUAUUUUCAAAAAGGGGAAAAGAGAGGACCCAAACAAUUACCGCCCAGUCAGCCUGACAUCAAUACCAGGAAAGAUUCUAGAGCAGAUCAUUAAGCAAACAGUCUGUGAGCACCUAGAAAGAAACUCUGUGAUCAUUAAAAGUCAGCAUGGGUUCCUGAAAAAUAAGUCAUGUCAGACUAAUCUGAUCUCAUUUUUUGACAGAAUUACAA